GACCGCCGCUCCGCCAGGGGGCGCUCUCGCCGCGCGCCCGCUCUGCCAUUGCGCCUGCGCAGGGCCGCCCCCUGGGGGAAGCGGCGUCUGAGCGCAGUGCGGCGGCGAUGGAGCGGGCGGACGGCGGGCGCGUGGUGCUGUGCGUGCUGUGCGGGCUGCCGGCCGCCGGCAAGUCUACGCUGGCCCGCGCUCUGCGCCGCCAACUGCCGCUCCGCCAGGGCUGGGACUGCGCGCUGCUCGUCUACGACGACCUCAUCCCGGAGGGGGCCUGGGGGCGGGGCGAGCCUCCGGACGGGGAGCCCCCAUUGGACUCCGCCUGGAAGCGGCGGCGGCGGGAAGUGCUGCGGCUCCUGGAGCGCUUCCUGCGGGCGCUGCGCUCCGGCUCCCCCCCGCCCGGCCCCGCCCCGCCUGCCUGGGGCCGCUUCCUGAGCUGCUGCGCCGAGCAGGGGCCGCUCCCGGGGCGGGACGGAGGCGGUGCCGGGGUCCGCCCGCUGUGCGUCGUCCUGGAUGACAACUUCUACUACCGCAGCAUGCGAUACGAGGUGUUCCAGCUGGCUCGCGAAUUUUCCGUGGGAAUAAACAGGAGGCGCUACUUUUGGAGCAAGCAGCAUAGGAGCUGCUGGGUCUCACGCUGCCGUUGUGCUGCCCUCAGAACUGGGCUCCCAUCCACAGGAUCAGCACUCGUGCACGGCCUCGUCCAGACAACUGUCCAUUGCAUCCCUGCAGAUUGCCUGGGCUUCUGCCAGCUCUUCCUGGAAUGCCCCCUGGAGCUGUGCCUGCAGAGGAACCGCCUGCGGGGCAGCCCGGUGCCCGAGGGGACGAUCUGCCGUAUGGCACAGAGAAUGGAGCUGCCAGAGCCUGAGAAGAACCCCUGGGAGCAGAACAGCCUCAUCCUGAGUUGCUCUGCGUGCACCCUGGAGGAGCAGUGUGAUGCUGGGCUGAUGGAGGCUUUCCACGUGCAGAUAAUUAAUUUGCUGGGCACUGCGUUGCAAAAUCCCGUGAAGCAAAACAAGGAAGACACUGAGCAGAAGGAAGCAGAUCGAGCGAUCUGUGCAGCCAGUGCUGUCCAUCAAGCUGAUCAGACGUGCAGACGAAUCAUCUCUCAAACUAUGAAGGAGGCAAAAGAUAAGAACGUGCUCCCAAGUGAGAUGAAAAGCCUGGCAGAAGAACUCAACAAACUCAAGGCAGAAUUUCUGGAAGAUCUGCGGCAUGGAAGUCAUGUGGGAAACGAAUCUGGCCAACAAAAUCCCACUACUGACCCUGCUACCAGUGUGCUUUCUUCAUUCCAACCAGUACUGAUGAAAACACCUGAGAGUGACAGCUUCCUCCUCAGGGCUCAGCCACCUCUAACUCCUCCUGGUUUAUGGAACAGGGAUGCUGUACAGCACAGCAGCCUGGGAGGAAUGCCUGCAAGUCAUCAAGUUCCACUUCUCUCUUGCAAUGGGACCAGCAUCGGGCUGGCCUGGCUUUCCCAGAACCUCAUCCAGCUGAGGUUUCAAAGAGCACCUUGAAUGGCAGCCUGCUCAGCUCUGUUCCCAACAGGUAGCUGAGCAUUUCCACAGCUCUUUUGUGCCUGACAGGGUGUAAAAGCAGUGAGAUGGCAUUUAGCACAUUGAGUGAUAGGUUGACAAUAAAUGAACUGCAGCAUCCAAAGUCAGGAUACAGACAGUUAUGCUCCAUUCAAGUGCUGUCUCAGUUUCCCAAGUCCAAUUUUUAGGUCAGGCUCUCGGCCUCUCUACAGCAACACUGUAAAGGAAAAGAUUUGAAACACCUUAAAUUGAGAUUCAGAGCUGCAGGCACACAUGAAUGCAGGUUGGAAUAACUUGGAUGUCCAGAGGAGCUUAAAAGUUGGUGCUGCCUUCAAAGCUGUUACAAGACAUUCAUUUCCAUGCAUAGGGACAUCCAGCUUAGGGUGACGAAAGGCUUGAUCUCACC